GACCUUAUCUCAGAUGGGGGAGCUCCUGGCUAGCGAGAGUCCACAGAGGGAACCUGACACUUAGAUCUCACCGAGGGACUCUGUUGAGGAAGCUCCCACAGAUAAAUGAAAGUGUUGUUCGUUAGGGAUGAGUCUUUUUGGGACUUGGGCUUCCCAGCCUGGCCCCUCCAUUACUCCAACCUUCCCUCUAGUCCUACACUGCUUCCCUCCAGCACCACCAAUGAAUACUUCUUUUCUAUUUUCUUCCCCACCCCACCCCCCAAGUGUUGCUGCCAUGUCUGUGAGAUGGGAGGAAAGUUUGAGGAAGGAAGGAUUAGGAAUCAGAGAACCAGAGUUGGGGAGGCAGGACAGAAGCCCAGUGUUUCCUGCAUUUUCUAUUGCCUUCCAGCUCCUUCUAGCCCUUGGUGAAGGGGGGCACGGUGGCGAGGGUGAAUGGGGGGCAGUGGUGGAGAGGAAUCCUACUUUCAUACACACACACCCCACAAAAACAACCCCAGAAAUAGAGGGAAAGAAUAAUUCAGAGUGGUGACAAAACCUAGGAGUUAGUCAGGAAGACUAUCCCACAUGUCAGAGAAAAUGGCCCUGGGAGUGAAGCCUCUGGACGUGGAAGGCUGCAGGUGUAGUGGCAAGACCCGCAGUCUUUGGAAUAGGAUAGAAACAGAGCUGUGAGGCUUUGGAGAACUUGCUUAACUUUAUUAAGUCUCAGUUUCUUCAUCUAUAUCAAGGAGAUUCCUACCUUACAGCAUUGUUCUGAGGAUUUGAAAUAACGUAUGUGAAGUACUUAGCAUAUAGUUGGUGUCCAACAAACGGUAGCUAGUAAAAAUGGGUAGGUUCUCUGCAAUAUUUCUCCCCCUCCUUCUCCAGAAACGUUAUUUUUGGUAUCUUGUGUCUGGUGGCUUCCAGUCUGAAUUAUCUCAGGUGAGUUUUCCAAAUCCUUGGGAUUUUUUCCCCUCAUCUUCCACUUCCCCUCAUGCCUUCCAGCUGGACACAAACUCCUUCCUAAAAUAUGCAGAUGGAAGCUAUGGUAACCAUGGAGACAGGGCAGGUGGCAAGGAGAGGCAGAGACAGGCAGCAGAGAGACCCAUUAUGAUUGCGACAGAUAGGCAGAGAGAAUACUUAGGGAGCGAUUGGACAGAGACCUUCAACAACGUGGAAAAAUAAUGAGUCUAAGCAAGACUGAGUGUCAAGAGAUGCAAUGAGAAAGGGAUGUGUUACAAGGUUCACUCUUCUCUCUGCCCCUUUUCUCUCUCCCUCUCCCCCUCCAAGAAUAUGGGGAGGAAGGCAUCUGGGAAUGCCACCUGGUGUAGCUAAAAAUGACCCAGUAUAUCCACUCUCCUCAUACUUAUCUGAGGUCUGUACAAGGGAUCUGAGGUUCAAGUUUAUCUGUGCUGUGUGUUCCGUUUGGGCGGAGAUGGAGUGAGGAUGUACCGCUGCGUCUGGCUCCAGCUCUCCCUGACAUGUAGACUACAAGGAGGCAGCCAGAUCUCUUGCUCUUUCUGCGCAGUAUGGACUCCGGCUGUGGAUCCCAAUCUCCUCUCUCCACCCCUCUGCACAGUGUGCCAUGUGCUGUGUGUGGCAGGUCAGAUCUGGCGCCCAGAGGCGCAUAAACACAUCUAGCGCGGAGAACGGGGUUCUGCUCAACGAAGAAUUGGGAUGGUCCCAGUCUGGGUCGCGGAGGAGUCUCCUAAGAAACAUUUAGGGAUUGGCUUCGCCACUGAGCCCUCAGGCCUCCGCCAGCCACCACCCCCACGCCCCUAGACAUCCUCGGCGGGCCCCAGUCCCGGCUCCACUGGUGCUCUCGCCCCUGCCGCAGCUAUGCUGCACACCGAGGGCCACGCUCUUCUUCGGGCCGUGGGUCAGGGUAAGCUACGCUUGGCCCGUUUGCUUCUGGAGGGAGGCGCCUACGUGAAUGAGGGUGAUGCCCAGGGGGAGACUGCGCUAAUGGCGGCCUGUCGGGCCCGUUACGACGACCCCCAGAACAAGGCGCGCAUGGUACGCUACCUCCUGGAGCAAGGCGCGGACCCUAACAUCGCAGACCGCCUGGGGCGCACCGCGCUGAUGCACGCCUGCGCCGGGGGUGGGGGCGCCGCCGUGGCCUCGCUGCUACUUGCUCACGGUGCAGACCCCUCAGUGCGCGAUCACGCGGGCGCCUCGGCGCUUGUCCACGCCCUGGACCGUGGGGACCGCGAGACCCUUGCCACGCUGCUGGACGCCUGUAAGGCCAAGGGCACGGAGGUCAUCAUCAUCACCACCGACACCUCGCCCUCGGGAACCAAGAAGACUCGGCAGUAUCUCAAUUCCCCACCGUCCCCGGGGGUGGAGGACCCUGCUCCCGCUCCUCCCAGCCCCGGGGUCUGCACGUCGCCUUCCGAAAUCCAACUGCAGGCUGCAGGAGGAGGAGCAGGACGGGGAUCGCUAUCCCCUCGCGCUCAGGAAGAAGAGGAGAAGCGGGACGUAUUCGAAUUUCCUCUUCCUAAGCCCCCUGAUGACCCCUCCCCUUCUGAGCCGCUCCCCAAACCACCCCGUCACCCUCCAAAACCACUCAAAAGGCUCAACUCCGAGCCCUGGGGCCUCGUGGCUCCUCCUCAACCGGUCCCACCCGCGGAAGGGAGGCCGGGGAUCGAGCGCCUGACCGCGGAAUUCAACGGCCUGACUCUGACCGGUCGACCCCGUCUUUCCAGACGUCACAGCACGGAAGGUCCGGAGGAUCCGCCCCCGUGGGCGGAGAAAGUGACGGGUGGGGGUUCUCUCUCUCGCCGAAACACUGCGCCAGAAGCUCAGGAGUCUGGUGCCCCUUCAGGUCUGAGGCAGAAACUGAGCCGCAUGGAGUCGGUGGAGCUCGAUACCCCCGGAAAUAUUUGCCCCGACUCGCCGGAGUGCAGCCGCUUGUCCCUGGAGCGCCGGCGAUACAGCGCCUCCCCGCUGACCCUCCCUCCAGCCGGCUCGGCUCCCUCCCCGCGCCAGUCCCAGGAGAGUCUGCCAGGGGCUGUAUCUCCGCUGAGCGGACGGAGGCGGAGUCCCGGGCUGCUGGAGCGGAGGGGCUCGGGGACGUUGCUCCUGGACCACAUCGCGCAAACGCGGCCGGGUUUCCUGCCUCCACUCAACGUCAGCCCCCACCCUCCCAUCCCCGACAUUCGCCCCCAACCCGGAGGUCGGGCGCCUUCGCUGCCCGCCCCUCCGCAGGCGGGCGCGCCAGGCUCUCCCAGGACCAAGCGCAAGUUGGUGAGGCGCCACUCCAUGCAGACUGAGCAGAUCCGCCUGCUAGGGGGCUUCCAGAGUCUAGGCGGGCCAGGGGAGCCAGGGCGCUGAGAGGAGUGAGAGGAACCAAGGAGGGUGGGGAUCAGGACCUUGAUGGGACAGGUGGGAGAACCAGCUCACACACACACCACGGACAUCGGGGUCUUUUGCCUGUGCUCUUGGGCACCGUGCACGCACACAUGGGUAAAAAAGUGUCCACAAGCACAGUACUCUUAUUCGCAGGGAAGGGUAAGUACUCUCUCUACUGGGCAUAUAGACACGUGCAUUCAUGUCCUGGUCACUUCACAUGCAUAUGGGAAUACUUGUGUACCCAUCCAUAGGAAUGGCACACACAGGGCCACUUGUGCUAGGGCCCCAAGUGGGUCCCAAAGUCACUUGCAUUUGUUCAGAAGCCGUAGGGAACCCCUACUUAUGGAUAGUCUCCAAUCUCUUUGCCCUUUUGCAGAAGCAAUCCCCUGCUUUCCAUGUAUGCCCUGCAACACAGCCCGUUCACGACUUUGCACACUCUGCCCUCUUCCUGGAUAUCCCAACCCGUUGUGUAGGUCUUGCUUCUCUCUCCAGGCCUGGCUCCUUGUUCACACCGUGCUUCCAGCCCUAACCACUUUUCAGGAUAUCUUCUUCACCCUCCUUGGGGUUUUCCUGCAGCAACCCUCAGCUUCAGUUCUGCUGCUGCCCUUCCUGCUCUCAGCUUUACUUCUCAACUUCCUGCUUUUUAUUCCCACCUUGUUCCCCCAACCAAUACAGGAGGUUGUCUCAUUUUCCCAGGGAGUGGGUCAUGGGCUCUAUGCUGCUCUUCUGUCUGUCUGAGCUUAUGAACACCCCCCACAGGUAGAAGUGGGGAGUAACCCUAAAUCACUCCUCUCUCCACUUGGCAAAUCAAAUAAAUGUGUUCAGAAGC